CUGAAGAUGACGAGGAAGAGAGGGCCGCACGAGCAGCACUUCACAACUUGCUGUUUCCCGAUCUCCCGAUGGACAUCCCUUUGUUUGGCAGCGGACCGUACGCGACGCCGCCUCGAAGCCAAUUCCGCACCAGCCAGAAUCCAGCUCACAUCAGCGAUCUAAGGACCGAAGAGAGAACAAUCGGACAAUUGCCCGACUGGGGCUCGUCAGUCGAUAUACCAGGCGGUUCCUCUGUACCUACAGCCCCGCCAGUGCGAACCGCGCCAAUUGCUCCGUUGGGCCCUCCGAUCGCGCCGCUGGGCGCACCAAUCGCCCCGACCAUUCACGUCCAGCCUCCAACCGCUCAAGCAAGCACUGCAGGAGGAGCGAGGUCUCAUGUUACCCGCGCCAGCCCUAGGUCUACUCCUCAAAAAAUUGUAGACGAUGCUCAAUCGGUGGGCGGUAUGAGUCGCCGGACUGCGCAAUCAAAAGCUCGGGACCAGCAAUCGCCCGCUUCGAUCAAGUCGCAGCAUAGGACCGCUCUAGCCAUGUCGGAGAAGAGCGUACGUGCUGAGACGGAAAACGCAUAUGAAGACCCCCUCCUGCCUCCCUUGCCUUCCCCUCGUCCUUGGGAUGUCGUCACGCAGAGGCUCUUUUCGUGGGCAAUGGUCUGGCCACCUGAGGACUUUGUCCGGAGCCUGGAAACGACAGCCCUCGGACAGCAAGUGGACGAAUUUGCCUUGACUAUCUACAUGAUGACGAUUUUCAAGAGGAACCUGAGGCACCGCAUGUGUUCAGUUCCGCCUUUGCCUUGUGACAAGCUAUUUGUCCCUCCAAACCUCGCUGAUAGCGUCAACCGUGCCGUGCAUUCCAAACGAUUCGCCGACGCCAGGCAGAUCCUCGAAGAACUGUGGUAUCCCUUCGGUUUCAAAGAACCUCCGAGGGUGAUCGUGGCGCUUGCAAAGCACAGAAACGACGCUAAUCACUGGAGCGCGCAUCGGUUCGACUUGACUUCGGGAAAGCUGGUCACAUUCUCCUACUCGACCGAGGAGAAGAGCCUCGUUGACGGUCGUCCGUUCAUGUGGUGGUUUGCCAUUCGAGACGCGUGGCCGACCUGGAACAUUCCCCAUCCCGACCACCUAGCGCAAAAGACUCAGCGUGUGAUCACGCCCGAAUCGAGCAGGGACGACAAUGCGCUCAUGGCAGCCAACUGUGGCCGCAACUUGAUGCUCGGUUGGAAGCCAGAUCAGACGACCGAUCUGAAGAAGAUGAGGAACAAUAUCUGGAACGAGGUGAGUGGGCGCAAAGCAAACGCAAUUUGAUGGUUCUGACCUAAAAGCGAUCUCCUAGACCAAACGGUUGUAUGAAAGGAAGGCCAAGGGAAAGUUGACGGUGGAUUCGAGGGAUUAUUAGUGCCAGUAAGCGAUAGGUAGAGUGAGACGACUAUAAUAUUAUAGCAGGAAGUACUAGGUAGCAGAAGGAUGU